AAACCAUGCAUAUCAUCAUACCUAUUAAUCACUAGUGGUAAUCAGUUAUUAAGCUGGUGUUGCUUUUGCACCAUCUCACGCCAUGGCCUUAAACAUGGUCCUUCUCUGGGAUCUCACCAUGGCGGCUCUCUUCUUCUUUAUUAACUACCUUCUUACUCGCUGUUUGAUAAGAAAACUGUCCACCCGUCAACUUCCUCCAGGCCCCCGAGGGUGGCCGAUCAUUGGUGCUAUUCCCGCCCUAGGAGCCAUGCCCCAUGCCGCCUUAGCCAAAAUGGCCAAAAAAUACGGCCCCGUCAUGUACUUAAAAAUGGGCACUUGUAACAUGGUUGUGGCCUCCACCCCAGACGCAGCUCGAGCCUUCCUCAAAACCCUUGAUCUAAAUUUCUCAAACCGUCCCCCAAAUGCAGGUGCAACUCAUUUAGCCUAUAAUGCACAAGACAUGGUCUUUGCAGAUUAUGGACCAAGGUGGAAAUUGUUACGCAAAUUAAGUAACCUACACAUGCUAGGUGGUAAGGCUCUAGAGGACUGGGCUCAUGUCCGAGUAUCCGAGCUAGGGCACAUGCUUCGAGCCAUGUGCGAGGCUAGCCGAAAAGACGAACCUGUGGUGGUGCCAGAAAUGUUGACCUAUGCCAUGGCAAAUAUGAUAGGCCAAAUUAUACUUAGUCGUCGUGUGUUUGUUACUAAAGGUUCAGAGUCUAAUGAGUUCAAGGACAUGGUAGUGGAGCUCAUGACAAGCGCAGGAUUAUUCAAUGUUGGCGAUUUUAUACCGUCGGUUGCUUGGAUGGAUUUGCAAGGAAUUGAACGUGGGAUGAAGAGAUUACAUCGAAGGUUUGAUGUGUUACUGACAAAAAUGCUGGAGGAGCAUAUUGCAACGGCUCAUGAACGCAAGGGAAAGCCGGAUUUUCUAGACGUUCUCAUGGCUAACCAAGAAAAUUUGGAUGGUGAGAAGCUUAGCUUUACCAACAUCAAGGCUCUUCUUUUGAACUUAUUCACAGCCGGCACUGACACUUCCUCGAGCAUAAUCGAAUGGUCACUUGCUGAGAUGUUGAAAAACCCUCGCAUCCUUAAACAAGCUCAGGAUGAGAUGGAUCAAGUCAUUGGUCGGAAUCGGCGACUAGAGGAAUCUGACAUACCAAAACUUCCCUACCUGCAAGCCAUAUGCAAAGAAACAUUCCGAAAACACCCAUCUACACCUCUAAACCUACCCAGGAUAGCAGACCAAGCAUGUGAAGUGAAUGGAUACUAUAUCCCCAAAGGCAGUAGACUGAGUGUCAACAUCUGGGCAAUAGGGAGGGAUCCUAAUGUAUGGGACAAUCCACUAGACUUUACUCCUGAGAGAUUUUUUAGUGAGAAAUAUGCGAAAAUCAACCCUCGAGGAAAUGAUUUUGAGCUAAUUCCAUUUGGAGCUGGAAGAAGAAUUUGUGCUGGGACUAGAAUGGGGAUUGUGCUUGUACAGUACAUUUUAGGCACAUUGGUACACUCUUUUGAUUGGAAAUUGCCAAAGGAUGUUGAGCUCAACAUGGACGAGGUCUUUGGUCUUGCAUUGCAGAAGGCAGUUCCCCUUUCCGCCAUGGUUAGUCCACGCCUGGAACCUAACGCAUAUCUUGCUUAAGGAUCUAUGCAUCUAUCAAGGUUUCUGUGUUUAUCAAAUAAUGAUCAGUACGUAUUCAUGUUGUACUUUGGUUGUCUGCUGGUACUAAUCUUUAUGUACGUACGUUGUUAGUUGGCUUAAUGGAAGCCUUGGAUCAUUCCUUUAUAUUGAGUGAUCAUUCCUUUAUACUGAUCAAAUAAUGAUCAGUAUUCAAGUAGCGCCCGUGUACGUUUCAUUACCACGUUGCGGGAUUAAAUAAAAUUAUCCUCGAACUCUCUCUCGUUUCUUGCC